AUGCUGGAGCAGCUCCGUGGAGCCCCGGAGAUGUUUGUAGCUGAGGUGAUUGACACUGCAUGCGGCAUUGACCGCAACGGGAAAGAUGUGAAGAUUGCGAACUUGCAGCAGACCUUGCUGAAGAUUUUCAUAGAUCGGCCAGAGCUGCCCAGCGAGAUGAAGCUGCGCUUGCUGAUGCUUUACUUUGCGUGUGUCGCAAACAUACCAGAGGCAAACCGAUCAAAGCUCAUGGAUGCCGCGAAGUUGGAACCCGAGGACCAUCAGGCCAUGCUUUGA